AUGGCGACAUGUAGCAGGACGUUCACGAGGAAGUUCAGCGGAACAACGUCGCUCGGUUCUUGGAUCCAUAAAUGGCCUCGUUUCAAAAGAUGGCAGGAACUCCAGAAGGCCAACGUGAUCUUGGAAACAGUUUUCGAUUAUUGAAGGGAUGUUUUAGGAAGACCAUGUUGUUGAAAAAACGCGAAUGAAGAACUUUAUUCGCUUGCCAACUGGUCUUUACAUCACACCAGAACGACCAGAGGACUGUACGUGGUUUUUAGAAAAACUAUAAAAUAUUUCCAUUUUGAGAUUUCGCCCAAAUAGGUAAAUUAUCAUAAUAUUGAUCAUUUAGGUUGAAAAAGAAAAGAAAGAUGUUCGCAGGUUUUGAAGUCUAAAAAGGAAGUUUGGAUGAACAAAUAAAAAAUUAUCCUAUCUGAUUUUUUCGUUUCGUUUUUUACGCUUCUUAUCAAAGGUUAUUCAAUUUUUUAAAACCAAAAAUCCCUACAAUUGGGAAAAUUUCAAAAAAAAAAAAGAGUAUUUCGCUAGAAAAACCUGCCAAAAACGAAUGGUUUACGAGUUCAGUAGCGCCAAAGAAGGCAACUGCGGACAUGACUCGGCGGGAAACUGGCGCCUUGCCAAUGGAUCUGCUGACCUGGCACACUCAGAUGCGCUACGUCGACCACAGCCUCGACAACAUCCGUCGCUACAACCGCUACACCAACUUCCAGCACAUGCAGUACGACCAAAGGUAUUUCUCUGCCCAGCGAUUCAGUUCAUGAGUCGUUUCGAGGAUGAUUCCGGAACGGUUGCUGUUCCUCGGCGCCGACCUGGCCGCUGCGCAUUUUCUUGUUCAUCGAGGGGCCGCCGUCAAGUUCCUAGGCGACGACUCUUGGUAUAAACGAGAUAAACGCAAGGUCGAUUUUCUUUGACGAAUAAUUAACAUUUCCGAGGUUCAGCAGUACAAAUUGCCCGGCAGAAAGGUGGAAAAUCUUCUUAUCGAAGCGAUCGAUGCGAGUGGAACCUCACUCAUGUUUGAAGGUUUCAAACUACCAGGAAUCGUUCGGAAAUAGGAGGCGUUCAGGUCUCGAGAACUUGGAAGGACUUCUAAAGCUCCGACUUCUGCGAUUGGCCAACUGCGAAUACGUCGACGACUGGUUCCUGGGACGAGUCGGCGCCAUGUUCCCUGAGCUGGAGAUGCUGGAUCUCAGUGGCUGCGACCGAAUCAGCGCCAAAGGUUCCUUUUCAUUUCACCUAGCUCAUCCUUGCUGACAUUUUAGGUCUGAUGGGCUUGAAAAGCAUGAAGAAACUGAAAUACCUACGUCUGGAAGGCCUGGAUGUGAAAGUACUUUUAAUUUUAUGUUUCCAAAUUUUUUUUUUGUUUUCCAGGACGUUGGAAAAGCGGCUUUACUGCUGGAAGAGACGAUACCUCGGCUGCAAAUACUUGGAGUCGACUACGAAAAUUGCCUGGAGAGAGUGGAGGCCGAGAUUCGGUUGCUGGAGGACGAGAGGGUCGUUCAGGACGCGAGAGGUGGAAAGUGUCUAACCACAAAAAUCAUUGUGUUCAAAUGUGCUUUUUUGCGUCUCUUGAUAUCUGUCGGUGUAAUGUCAAUGCAUGCUCAAGCUUUUUUAAGACAAAGAGACAGAAGAUAAAAUUCUGUUUUCGUUCAACUUUUGUUCUAGUCAGCGUAGUAGAAAGUGAGAAAAAAUUCUAAAAGAAUGGUCUUAACUCUUUUUAACUUAGCGUAGUCUCCAUUUGACUUCGAAAAAAGGACGUUUAUAUAGAAACUAAUUUUAAUUAUGUGCAGAAGAGUAUGAACGUGUGAGAUAGAAAGAGAAAAUUUUAGAAGCCUAUCAACUGAAAAUUCAGGAAACGCUUUUGUGGAGGACGACAACGGCCGGCUGUUCUACGUUAUGGGUGACGUGGAUGAAAGGGCGGUCGUCGACGACGGCGACAAUCCCAUCAUGACGUCAACCGUUCGCCGGUUCCUCAUCGUCCCGACUUCUGUCUUACUGUAUCUAUUCAGAGAAAUACCGGACAUGAGUGACGAGCAGUUCGAUAAAAUAAACGCGUUGAGUGGCGGUAAACUGAAACAUCUUCUGGUCGGCUCGCCUAGCGGCUACGAAUGGACUUCUACGGUUCGACGACUUCUCCGACUGACUACCAUCAGAUUUCAGACAGAGACGAUCCUCCAGUCGGAAGCGGAGUGGAAAAGCCGCGCCGGCAUCGACGUCAACCCAAAAAUGCUCCCAGGACGAACCUAUGAGGUUAGAAAUCGGUUUCAUUCUUCGAAGAUGGAUUUGUUUCAGAUAGAGAAACAGAACAAGCUUGAAGAAGAGAAGAAGCGCUUCUUCGAGAACUUUCCUUCCCACGAACAAUUGGGAGACGAGGAGAGUGAACAGAGAAAAAUCAGUCACGGUUCUUAG